GUGGCAGGCACCAAGUCACUGUUGAGAGGACUCAGGCUCAGCCGGAUCAGUGGGAGUGCCCGCUGAUAGUGCACCUGCUGUGCCCCGGGCGAAGGACAGCGUCCCCGCUGGGCCCUGGUUGCUUCCAGGCUCUCCCUUCCACGGCGGGCCCAGCCCUCCCGCAGCCUCCUUGCACUCUUUCAUGUGGAAGCUUAGCCGGAGGUUUUUCCUAUGAGUUAUGUGCCUGAUAAGUCCGCCUCAUCUACGCCUGUGAGAUGCUCGGCUUCCUUGCCAACCUCAGGGGUCUUCUAAAGUAUUUUCUUCCAUUCGUAUGUGAUGGUUGUUCAGGAACAUUUUGCCUUGAGCACAGAAGCAAAGAGUCACACGGCUGUUCUGAGGUGUCUGUAGUCAAGGAGAGGCUGAAGUCAGAUACAUAUGCAUCUUACCCAUGUGCGUUCAAGGGCUGUGCUGAGAAAGAGCUUGUACCAGUGACCUGUCCUCACUGUGAGAAGAACUUUUGCCUGAGACACCGUCACCAGUCAGAUCAUGAAUGUGAAAAACUGGAACUCCCUAAGCCGCGCAUGGCUGCCACUCAGAAACUUGUUAGAGACAUUAUUGAUUCCAAGACAGGAGAGACAGUGAAUAAGCGACGUAAGGGUGCAAAAAAUAGUGCAACAGCUGCCAAGGUAGCACUGAUGAAGUUAAAGAUGCAUGCUGCCGGGGAGAAGUCACUGCCCCAGACGGAAAGAGUCUACUUGCAGGUGUUCUUACCCAAGGGGAGCAAAGAGAAGAGCAAACCCAUGUUCUUCUGUCACCGAUGGAGCGUGGGGAAGGUCAUCGACUUUGCAGCUUCUUUAGCCAGUCUCAGAAACGACAAUAACAAGUCCACGGCCAAGCAGAAGCUAAGGCUCUGUCACAUGACUUCUGGGGAAGCGUUGCCCUUGGACCACACGCUGGAAGCCUGGAUGGCCAGGGAGGACUGUCCUCUGUACAACGGCGGGAACGUCGUCCUGGAAUAUCUUAGUGAGGAAGAACAGUUCUUAGAGGAUGUGGACGCUUACUUGGAAUAGUCAUUCAAGGAUCCAAUCCAGCAAUCAUGAGGAAAAUUCUCUGUGAAGUCAGUUUCUUUUACUACAAAUACUAUAACUAUUUUUUUUAAGUUGCUCUUACAUUGUUUUUCAUUAUGUCAUAAUGCCCAUUAUCAGUUUUCUACAACUGAAUUUAAAUUUUUUGUUUUAAAGUUUAACUGUGAACUGACAGUUAUUGGCACGUUACCACAUUUAAUUCGCUUUUAUUAGGUGUGUAGCUCGUGGGGCUGUGCACUGUGGUUUGACUGAGACUGCUCCGUGUCACCUGACUCCGGAGCCGCACUGAGCGUUUAGACGUGGAUCCUUUUGGGACCUUGGCGUUCUGAGGAGAGGA